AAAUGCGAGAGCGGGUUUCGGAGCUCUCCAAAAAAUUGAGAAGUCCGCCCAAAACGGCGUCGUAAUACCCCAAAUGCAAUACCAUUUUCUCCUCCCUCGGAAGAGCGAAGACGCGGGGCGUCAUCUCUCACUCUGCCAUCGCUCUUCGCCGGACGUGCCGUGUCUCUUCGCCGAACGUCUGGAUAUCCCUCUCCGCCUUCAACACAAAAGUGUUGGGUGAGAAGAGGGCAGGAUCAAGAUUGAGGAGCGUGGGAGCAUUGGCAGAAGUGAGAAUAGGCUCAGGAAAAGGGAAGUGCUUGCCUUAAGGAACCUAAUUAAACCCACAUCACUUUCUUUGGAGGGCAAGGUUGGGUCUUGACAUUGAGGUCUUGAUAAGACUUGUGUAACUGGCAAGAAGUUGGGGCUGGAAUUGUGAAGCUACCAUCUCUGAUUGUACCCAGCCAUAAGCUUAGAAAAGGAAAAAUUUUUAUUCCUUGGGCAACAAUUUAGCUGCCAAGGAGGCCUAUAAAUAUACGUUAGUCUUCAUUUAUUAUGGUGUUAUAGAGUGAAGAUACCACAGAGGUUGUAAGAUGGCAUUUUAUUCUGAAGAGGAACAGACUGAGGAUUACCUCUUCAAGGUUGUUCUCAUUGGUGAUUCAGCUGUUGGGAAAUCCAACUUGCUUGCGAGAUUUGCAAGGGAUGAGUUUUACCCCAAUUCAAAAUCAACAAUAGGGGUGGAGUUCCAAACACAGAAGAUGGAUAUUAAUGGGAAGGAAGUUAAAGCACAGAUCUGGGACACAGCAGGUCAAGAGCGAUUCAGGGCUGUUACAUCUGCCUAUUACAGAGGAGCAGUUGGAGCUCUUGUGGUUUAUGAUAUAAGUAGACGCCAGACAUUUGAUAGUAUUGGCAGAUGGCUUAAUGAACUCCACACUCACUCGGACAUGAAUGUAGUUACAAUACUUGUAGGCAACAAGUCUGAUCUCAAAGAUGCCCGGGAAGUAUCCAUGGGAGAAGGCAAGGCUUUGGCAGAGACUCAAGGUUUGUUUUUCAUAGAAACUUCAGCCUUGGACUCCUCCAACGUAGCAGCCGCAUUUCAGACAGUUGUGAGAGAAAUCUACAACAUUUUAAGCCGGAAAGUUAUCCUAUCUCAAGAGCUUAAGAAACAUGAUCCUGCCUGGAUGGGCAACGGUAAGACCGUGGUUUUGCAGGGAGAUGUGAACGAUGAAGUAGAUCCACAACCCAAAAAAGCUUGGUGCUGUUCAUCUUAAGAAGCUGCAAAGAAUAACCCCAUAGGAGCCCCAAUUUCCAACAAUUUUGAGUUAAUCUUUAUCUGUUCUUCCAAUGCAAUUCAAUUUCAGGUUACUCUCAAAAUGUUGGAUUGAAUAAGAUUUAUUCUUGUUCUGGGUUUUUGAUGGGUGAAGAGGAGAGAGAGACUAGAAAGAGCAGAAAAUGUAAAUGAAUGAUUUGAAGAGGAUUAGAAAAAAGAAUUAUGAAAAAAGAAAUUGGUUAUGUAGCUCUAUCAAUUUUGUGCCUCUUUUA